AUGGCAGCAGGCCCGCUACACCUGCAACAACCCGGACCGAUACCCCUAUACGUUCUUCUCGUUCUCGUUAUCGGAAUUUGCUGCUACUUCUUCUUCAUAGGCACUGCCGCAGUACGGCUUUGGUUCUACAAAGGCGCCCUCGGCCCCGCUCCAGAGAAGUUCAUCGUGAUCAGGAACGAAACUCAAGAAGACGACCACCAUGCGGCGCCGAUCCACAGUAAAGACAACGAGCACGGUACAAUCGCUGAAACCCUAAGGAAGCGGCGCAUGACCGUCUUCACCCACGACUCGUUAUCAGCGCCGACAGAAACCAUAGCACACAGCACCGCGUUCUCCCCCCGAAACCUCUCCACCGCCACAACAACAGUCAACCUCCAAGACAUCUCAGACAUCUCAGACCUAGACUCGUUCACCAACCCGCAAACGCGAGCCUACCUAGCCGAAGAACGCCGCAUCUCGCGCAUGCCCGCCUUCGACGCCGACGACUGCGGAACAGGCGACUACUUCCCAGACAUACCCCUUACAAACCGGCCCAUCGAGUCCACAUCCCUCCAUUCCAACACCCUCACUGCCUCCCAUCUAGGUCUCACACCCACACCCCGCAGCAACUGGCUCACCAUCUCCCCCCAAUACAUCGAAUACCACGCCGCGCGCACCCACCUCCUCUUGCGCAACCGCUCCUCCUGCAUCCACGUCACCUCGGAGGGCGAACGAGCAUGUCGCGAACUACUGCAGGAAGUCACGUCUUUCCUCGUGGACAUGUAUCCGCACCAAUUCCGUUUCCUGACGAAGGCGCGCAGGAAGCAUGUGCUGAACGAGCUUACAAGAGAGGAUUUCGAAAUAGAACACGGGUUGGAAUGUCAUCCGUUGGAG